AUGGGUAGCAGCAACAGUAGUGAGGAAAAAAGAGAUGCAUCGAUUCUUCGUGAUCCGAAACAAGGAGAAGCUAGUGAGUUGUAUUGGGCUUGUCGUGCGGGAGAUUUAGACACGGUAAAGAAAAUCUUUCAUUCCACUCCAUUCGUCGAUAUUAAUCGUCUUGAACCCAACGGAAGUACCGCACUUCAUGCAGCUAGCUUCUUUGGACAUGCAGAUGUACUUCGUUUUUUACUUCAUGAAAAAAAUAUCGUGCGGCAUAAACGAAAUCGAUAUGGCAUGACCGCGUAUGAAGAAGCACCAAAUGAUCAGAUUCGUGUAUUGUUUCAUCGACCGGCAGAUAAUCAACGAUUUUGUACUUCAGAAGAUACGAAAAAGUCAUUGAUCAUGCCGCUUGACGAAAUUUCUGAAGAUAUCGACGAACGUCAUCCUAAUGAAGACACAGAGGCGAUUCCAGAUGAUUGGGUUGUUGGAUCAAAAAGUGAUGGUGAUAUGCGUUUGGAAAUAUUUCUCAAGUAUAUACUGGCAGUCGGAAUGACAUCUAAUGCCAAUCGAAGAUUUAUCAAACUUAUCUGUCGUUUGAUAACACAAACUGACAUGUACUUCGUAUUUUCCUCCCUAUUACAAUCAUUUAUUGACAUAAAGAUUACUAAGAAUGAUCCUCAUUAUGACAUAGCAUCACUCUUUGUUGAAAAAUAUCGCACUACAAAACGUAUAGAAAAUUUAUUGACCCUAUAUACACUUGAAUGUCCUUUCUACAAAAGUCUUGGAUAUGGAGAUGAAACUGCCCUUUUGUAUAUGCCUAUUAUAUGGGAACUGCACAAACUACAACAUCGUGCUUUUACUGGACGUUCUUAUCGUGGUUUGACCAUGACUCAAAAAGACUUUCGUGCUUAUCAAUGGGCUGAAGAGAAUCACGAACGAAGCAUAACAAUACAAAGUUUCUGUUCGACAUCUGUAGUCGAGAAAGUAGCACUUAAGUUUUCAGGUGUAGGAAAUGGACAGACGAGUAUUUCCGAUCGAGUACACGUUUUAAUGGCAAUGGACUUUCGAACCGCAUGCCCGACAGCCAUUCGUUUGUAUAAAAUAUCGAAAAAUACGGAAUGCUUGUCAGCAUACGAGGAAGAACUAGAAGUUCUUGUCUUGCCCGGAACGAUAUUUCGUGUCACUAGUAUUGAAAUAAUGAACUCGGUGUAUGUCAUUUAUCUGGAGAAUAUUCUAGCGAAAUGGGAACCUGAUUUAAUUUUGAAAAUUAUGACUAGACAAAACAUGGUGAAUGAGUUAAACGAAAUGUUUCAAAAGGUAUUAUCCCAAACAGAGUCUAAUUGAUAGUAAAAUCCAUUUUUGACAUAUCAAAAUAAAAUUGUCGUUCUUGAGUGAACUCUUAGAGAUCGUUACCGAGUGUUUGCGUUUGAUAGCUUGGGUAUGCAUCCGGUUGUGGAUACAUGCAUGGGUAUGUAAGGUGAGCAUAGAUGAAGAGGGAACCGACAUUAACGCCCACAACUCUACAUUCAAUCCCAUAGGGUGUAAGCGUGAGAUGAUGUGGUUGUGGAGGGUAGAAGUGUCAGUUUUGGGUUCCUUAUUGAAAUCCAGAAAUUUGUACAGGGUUAAUGCAGCCUGAUAGAAUAAGUGCUUUCUUAAGUGUUCAUAUAAUCCGAAACGAAACUUACUGUAGGUUUCGGUCUUUGGAAGUGGAACCCUAGAGAACAAAGAAUUCUGGUACGCCUAUUGGAAUGGGUGGGAAUGGUUUCGAGUAGGUGUGGGUGCCGGAAUGGAUGUGGAUCUUCUUCAGAUUGACCUAAAUCCACCAACUCUUCUACACCCACACC